AAUAAUUAUUGCGAUAAAAGAGUGGUUAAUAAUUGGUUAAUGCAUGAUGGUCCAUACAAACUGUUACUCAUAUCAUUUAGUUAUUUAUUGGCCAUUCGUUUUGGUAUCGAAUGGAUGCGUUAUCGAAAACCAUUUGAAAUACGUUUGCCAAUGUUUAUGUUCAAUGUAUUAUUAGUCGUAAUAAAUCUAUAUUUUUUCUAUGCAUCAUUUUGGUGGACAAAUAAUGGUCAAGAUUUGUUCAAUUUUCAUUUUCCAUCAGCCAAUGAUUUUAGUGAACGCACUCAACAAAUUAUCAAUCUUUAUUAUUAUUAUCAAAUUAGUAAAUUUAUCGACUAUAUUGACACCGUAUUUCUUGUAUUACGAAAAAAGAAUGAUCAUAUAACCGUAUUACAUGUUUAUCAUCAUUUUUCCGUUCCUAUAGUUGGAUGGCUUUGCAAUUGGAUGAGUCCAACGAUGCCGGUUUUAGGAUUGUUUGCCAUGUUAAAUUCUUUUUGUCAUACAGUAAUGUAUACUUAUUAUGCAUUAGCAGCAUUAGCUGAUCAUCGUAUUCGAUCAUAUCUUUGGUGGAAACGAUAUAUAACCUGUUUACAAUUGAUACAAUUUUUUAUACUUGGAUCAUAUGGAUUCUAUCUUAAUUUUCAACAUUAUAAUUAUCCACAACUUUUUCGUUGGUUACUUAUAACACAGGCAAUUAUCUAUCUAAUAAUGUUUGGUAAUUUUUAUAAACAUUCAUAUAAUUAUCAAUCAUCUGAUCAAUUGAAUGGAAAAAUUCAUUAGUAUUAUUUUUUAUUUACA